UGGCUGCGUCCCGGUCACCGGAAGAAGCCGUGUGACGUCACGAGGGCCUACGCAUCGCGCGGGGGGCAGGAGUUGACGGACGGUCUCUGGCUACGUUUGGGCGGCCCUGGGACCACGGAAGAGGCUCUCCUGGGCGGCCGCGAUGCCUAGCUCGCGGCGGGUCAGUCAGCUUCUGGAUCUAUGCCUGUGGUGCUUCAUGAAGAACAUUUCCAGAUAUAUCACAGACAUUAAGCCUCUGCCUCCCAACAUAAAAGAUAGACUGAUUAAAAUAAUGAGUACCCAGGGGCAGAUAACAGAUUCAAAUAUAAGUGAGAUUUUACACCCUGAAGUCCAAACUCUAGAUCUGCGAAGCUGUGAUAUUUCAGAUACUGCUCUCCUGCACCUGUGUAACUGCAGAAAACUAAAGAAAUUAAAUUUAAGUUCCUCAAAAGAAAACAGGAUUUCCAUAACUUCAAAAGGAAUAAAAGCUGUGGCUUCCUCUUGUUCAUACCUGCAUGAGGCUUCUUUGAAAAGAUGCUGCAAUCUCACUGAUGAAGGAGUCCUUGCUCUUGCACUCAACUGCCGGCUGCUAAAGAUCAUUGAUUUAGGUGGCUGUUUAGGUAUUACUGAUGUGUCCUUACAUGCAUUAGGAGAAAACUGCCCAUUUUUGCAGUGUGUUGAUUUUUCAGCUACUCAGGUAUCUGAUGAUGGUGUGGUUGCACUUGUUAACGGAUCUUGUGCCAAGAAAUUAGAGGAGAUUCAUAUGGGACACUGUGUGAAUCUGACUGAUGAGGCUGUAGAAGCUGUCCUCACUUGCUGUCCUCAGAUACGUAUAUUACUCUUCCACGGAUGCCCCCUAAUAACAGAUCAUUCACGAGAAGUCCUGGAGCAAUUAGUAGGCCCAAACAAACUAAAGCAAGUGACAUGGACUGUUUAUUGAUGCUUAUUGAAGCUUUUCAAAGCAAGGAUCUUUAUACUACAUUCCCAGGAAACAAUGGUCUUAGAGAUUGGCUUUCAGAUAAUGUGCUUUUUGCUUUGAAGUUAACAGACCCUUAAACAUUUAAUAGUGCUAUUA